GAUAGUGUAGCGUUCGGGAUGCUGACGGGCGCUCAACGUUCAAAGAAGAAGUUUAAACCUCAGCUGGAGUUUGUCCUCGUGUUUGCAUGGUAGGAAGAAAAUCAUCAUUAAAAACCGAAUUACAAUUUUGGUUUUAAGCAGCGACGUUAAAAAGUCACCAUGGCGUCUUACACUUGCAUCAGCUGCCGGGUGGCCUUUGCAGACGGCGAGGUGCAGCGAGCACAUUACAAAACCGACUGGCAUCGUUACAACCUCAAGCGCAAGGUGGCCGACAUGCCGCCGGUCACAGCCGAAAACUUCCAGGAGCGUGUCCUGGCACAGAGGGCCACCGCCGAGCAGCAGCUGUCAGACGCCGCAGCCACAGAGAGCUGCGCCGUCUGCAACAAGAAGUUCUCCAGCGCCAACGCCUACCAGAACCACCUGCAGUCCCACAGGCACCAACAGGCCGAGAGGCAGGUGCUGCUGGCGGCACAGAAGAAGGUGGAGAAGAUGAACGAGAAGAACCUGGAGAAGGGGGUCUGUGACGAGAAGGUGGACAACGACGCCAAGAACGACGCCCUGCAGCAGGUGCUGAGGGAGCAGCAGAGGCCGAGUCCGGCCAAGCUGGCCAAGGUCCAGACUCAACAGGGAGCAGCGAAGGCGGAGAAACCACCCCGAAUGAUGUGGCUGGAAGAGCAAGUAAAGAGACGCGAGAAGGAAGAGGGAGGAGAAGCUGCAGCAGAUGAAGAAGGAGAAGAGUGGGAGGAUGUUGAUGAAGAGGAAGAAGAUGAUGAUGACAUGGAAGAAGAAGAUGAUGCAGAUGAAAUGAUGGAUCAGGAGGAAGUUGGCUCGACGGGUACGUCUGACUCCCUUCCCGGCUCCAUCCCCGUCACAGACUGCCUGUUCUGCUCCCACCACUCCAAGUCGCUCCUUAAAAACGUCGCCCACAUGACCACAGUCCACAGCUUCUUCAUCCCAGACGUGGAGUUCCUCGUCAACCUCAAGGGCCUCAUCAGAUACCUCGGAGAAAAGGUCGGAGCUGGGAACGUGUGUUUGUGGUGCAACGAGAAGGGGCGUUCGUUUUACUCAACAGAGGCGGUCCAGAGUCACAUGAUCGACAAAAGCCACUGUAAGCUCUUUACAGACGGAGACGCUGCAUUGGAGUUUGCAGACUUCUAUGACUUUAGGAGCAGUUACCCUGACAGGAAAGAGGGAGAGGAUGAAGGAAUGGACGGGGAUGAGCUUCCGGAUGAUAAGAACCUGGAAUAUGAUGAUGAAACGAUGGAGUUGACUCUCCCUUCAGGUGCAAAGAUUGGCCACCGCUCCCUCAUGAGGUACUAUAAGCAGCGGUUCGGGAUGCAGCGGACCGUGGUUCCGAGCCACAGUAGGAACGCUGUCGGCAGAGUGCUCCGGCAGUACAAAGCCCUCGGCUGGACGGGAGACGCAGGCGGCGGCUCCUUCCAUCAGGGGCAGAGAGACAUGCAGUACCUACAGAGGAUGAAGUCCAAGUGGAUGCUGAAGAUGGGGAUGAGCAACAACACCACCAAGCAGAAGCAUUUCAGAGCCCAAGUUAUGUUCUAAACUGGGAGGAAGGAGGUGUGUGACCCAAACUCUUAGGUUAGAAGAUGGCUGCCAGCAAACAUGGAAAACAGGAAGAAAGACUCAAAUUUUCUGUCUCUUCCUGAUGAAAACAUGCAGAUGAGUUCAUUUGAGGUUAGAGGACCUUGAAACAAACCAUGAUGGGAAAAAUCCUCAACUCUUGGGUUGGUAAAAAAGGAAGUGCUUUCUUUUAACGCACCCGACCUGAACGGAUCGAAUCAGCCGCCUUACAGGAACAACAGAUCAAGUCUAAAGAGCAAAACUCCAACCAACAAAAUUAUUCUUCAGGUUCACUGAUUCUGAACAAAUGAAAACUAUUAAAAGUUUUCUCCCAAACUAUGAUUAUUCAAAUUUAAAACUGGUCUCUUUCCAACUGAUGAGAUUUCAGAAGGGUUCAGUCUGGUUUUCAAACAUCUAGCUUGAUAAAUUAUUUUCUGCUAUCAUAUUUUUAAUUUCUGUCGGUGCCAAAACUUUGAGACAAGUUCCUCAGAAUUUGGCUCGAAUUUCCUCUGAAGGAUGAACCGACCAGUGUGGAAAUAUAAAUGUUUUUGCUGCAGCUCAGUCAUGUUUAUGCUAAUAAAGGAAGAAAGAUCAUAAA